AACCAUUGAGGGUGUAGACAUGAACGUUCAGACAGUCUACAGAGUAUUUCUGAACUGAUAACGCUGCAUACAUCAGAGGAAAACCACCAAGAAGACAUCAGAAAGGCAGACCAGGCCUUAACUGAAAAGACACCAGGUCCUGGUCUUGGUGAUUCAUAUUCAAGAGGACCGUGGUGUGGUGAAAUAUCAGGAAAGGAGCCUUAAUUAUUCUAAGUAUUGUGCCAUGCACCUGACUGUGACAUUAACCUUCCUACUAUGGUCAAUGAGCAGAUUAUCUCGAGCCAUCAUCGCUACGGUAAUGACCUUCAACCUUCAUCCACUCCUAUUCUACCCCAUUUCCUGUUGCUGUCUCUGCUGGAAACGUCCUGUUUGUGUCAUGCCCCUAGUUUCCUGUUUCUCCUGCAAUUCAGGUCAUGGAUCCGCCCCCUCAGACCGGGAUGAUGCUUAACAGCCUUUGAACUGCUGUUUAACUACUUUUGGCUCAUUUUAAAAGGACAGUUCACCAAAAAACAUUCUGUCAUCAUUUACUCACCCUCAUAUAGCUACAGUCCCGUUUGACUUUUUUUCCUCCAUGGAGCACAAAAUGAGAUGUUAGGCAGAAUCUCACUUUCAUUGCAUCUUUUGUCCAUACCUUUUUACAUUUUUGUCCAAGUGAAAAGGUACUGAGUCUAACACAUUGGAAAAGAAAGACAUAUGGGUUUGGAUGAACCACACAUUUUCUUGACAGUUUUCCUGAGAUUCACCCAUUUAAGAAUUGCCACAUGUAUUCAGUGCGCUAAUAACUAUCUCUCCUUGCUUUCCCUUAAAAAGCCUCUCCGAGUGAUCCCUAUAGCAGCUGCAUGGCAGGCAAAACAUGCCAGGCCAAGUUUGCAAACGCAGUAUGUGACAAGGAGUGCUCAAGUUCUGCGUGUCUGAGAGAUGGAUUUGACUGUCUGACAGACAGAGGCACUUGCAUUGCAGGAUAUAUUCAGUACUGCCGGAAUCACUAUGACAACAGUCACUGCGAUCAGGGCUGCAACACUGCCCCCUGUGGAUGGGAUGGCUCGGACUGCUACAGGAACCAGUACCCCAUCUGGGCAAAAGGGACACUCAUUUUACACACUAGAAUUCCAUUCCAGAGGGGUCCAUUCCAGAACAGCUCUAUUUUAUGGGCUUUAAGCACUGUCCUUCAGACCAGUGUUAAACUCAGAGGCAUGGCACCUUUCCAUACCAACAAAGACCUUCUUACAGUAGAUACUCGACAGCUCGCUGACCUGUACACUCAAAAACCAUCCUAUGACAGUGAAGGAUCAGUGUUAUUCCUGCAGUUGGACAACAGACCAUGCUCCCGUCUUCCCUCCACCUGUUUCCAGUAUUCCAUUGAAGCUGCACACUUCCUGCGUGCCAUGCUGUCACAGAAUCAUGCCACAUUUCCCAUGAUCACAGAAAUCCAGGCAGCUGUAAUCAGUAUGCGGGGAGUUGAUGAGGAAAUAGGAGUCAGAGAGGAGGUGAAACUCCCAAACGAGAAACACAACGCCUCCCCUACCUGGAUGUGGCCUGUGGUUGGUGUGGUGACUGGACUGGCAGUGGCGGUGAUUAUUGCAGUGGUGUUCCUGUGGUUAAAGAGAAGACGACAGCGGCGAAAGUGUGGAGAGCGAGUUCGUCACAGGUCAACGGUAACAGACAGCAAUAAUGGCAGCAAGGCCUGGAUGCAGCGCGCUGACCACCAGGAGAAAAGAGGAAGAGAGAAAGACAGAAAUGGGAUAAAGAAAAAGAUGAAAGGAAAAGAGUUGGGAAAAAGACGUAAAGAACCCGUUGGCGAGGAUGCAGUUCGUAUGCGGCCCCACAGGAAGGAACUGGACAUCGGAAGUGACACAGAUGUGACCCAAAGUUCUAUGGAGGACAUCAACAGGACAAUCUGUGACCACAGAUCACCAGACCAAAAACACUUCCAGACCAACCACCAGCAACCCCGCAUGCUAGGUGAAAUCUGUACCUACUUCACUCCCCCUAGAGGAUGGGAGAGGAAUGCUGUUCCUACACCUCAAAGACCACCUAGAAAUACUGCUCCAGUGCAGUGGUGCGGUCCAGAUGGAUCGGUCGUGCUGAUCCGAGCUGUCAGGAGUGGCCUUGACCGAGUGGUUCUGGAGCUCCUGAGAGCCGGAGUCCCAGUUAAUAACACUGACCAUACGGGGAGAUCUGCCCUCCACUGGGCAUGCUCAGUAAAUCACCUCCCAUUGACAAGGACUCUCAUUCGCUACGGUGCUGCAGUGGACUUGCAGGAGCAUAAGGGUGAAACAGCUUUGUUUCUCUCAGCUCUCCAUGGUUGCUAUGAUACGGCACGAUUCCUCCUCCUUAAUGGGGCCAAUCAAGAGCUGUCUGACUGCAAAGGGCGGCGGCCACUGGAUGUAGCUCGGGAGGGCUUACAUCACCAAGUCCUCGAGCUCUUAUUGGCUCACAGAGUUCAGAGGGGGCAGGUUCCUCUAGAUCCAGCCACUGAGAUGCUUUGGGACGAUCGUGCUUAUGUGUAUUCACCGUGGGUCGCCUCGCCUCCACCUUUACCUGGAAGAAGUGCCUCUUUUUCAGGGGUCAUAGGUCCCAGAGGGAUGGCAUCACCUCCACCUAGUGAUUGGCAGAUGGGCAGAGCACAAUGCUCCUCCCCCCAGAACUGGCGUCCAGCACCCAACCAAUCAGCGACAGCAUUGGUAAGCCCCAGGAUUCAUGGCCGGCCAUCUCGGCCUAUCAGUACUCUUCAGGAAGUGACAUCAGAGGUGGAGGACAUGGAGAGGGAGAUGACCCAGGAUGUUACUCGAGCGGCAACACCUCACUUCCUGUCUCCUCAUCCAGCACCUCGACAGCGCUCGUUCUCUUGUACUCAGCAUGCGCUGAACCGUCGCUCCAGUGGCAACCAAUCAGAGCUGUCCGUUGCCACAGCAGCAGAGAAAAUAGCCAAUGAGCAUGUUGAAAUAGUGGUUGUGCCCCACCCUAAAGAAAUGCCCAGCCAAUCAGAAAGUAAAAACACAGGAAUUGGGCCGAAUGCAGCCCAGUUUGACUCUGAGAGAGAGAAUACUAGGAACUGCAAUUCUAAAAUCCAGAAUGAGAGAAUCAAUAAUGAGUCCAGCAUCUCUAUCCAAACCUGCAUGUGAGAGAGGAUUUUGAAGAAUCUUUAUGCAGCUCCUUUCCAUACUAAAAAGGUUAAAAAUGGGACAAAAACACCAAAAAAAAAAAAAAUGUUUAUUCAAGUCUUCUAAUGUGGUAGCUUUGUUAGAGGAAGAGACACUGCAAAUAGUGUUUCAUUUUUUGGGUGAACAAUUUCUUGAAGUUAUAUUCAAUCUCAUAUAAACAUUUGCUACAAUUGCUGUAACAAAAACA